AUGUCGUCGAGCUGGGCGGGCAAUGGACCUUCGGCCCCUUCACCUGUCGUUGCGAGCUCCGAGGGGAAGAACAAGAAGCCUGUUUCACGGCAGCUGCUGUCUUGUACGAAGUGUAGGGACAGGAAGGUCAAGUGUGACCGCACAAAGCCAUGUUCAGCCUGCUGCGCCCGUGGACAUCCAAAGGAAUGCGAGUUCGUUGUGGGAGAAGGCAACGAGUAUGGACCGAUCACGCAGUCGUACGAGAUUAAGAAGCUUCGACUGGAGAAUGCAAAGUUGAAGGAGCAGUUGAACAGCAGACGCUCGCAGCUUUCUGGUGACGAGGACGACGAUGACGGACGGGAGUCUAGAGGUGCCUCGAGGGCGACAGCUCCUCGUCAACGCCGCUUCAAAGCUCACGAUCGAUUUGACAAUCUCUAUUUUGGCACACCGGGGUUGGCAACCAUUGUUCAUGAGCUUGCCAGCUUCCACAUGGGCGGUGCCCAAUCACUCACCCAUCCGAUGCCGAAGGGUAAAGACAUGUACGCCCCCGAAGAAACGACGUACCCUUUCCCAGUCGUCACUCGGUACGCCAGCACAGCACAACUCUUGGACCUCCUGCCCGAGCAAGAAGAACUCUUCGACUGCCUCGACCUCUUCCAGCGUCGAGCUCAAGCUUGCUCGUUCCCACACAUGCCGGAUGAGGUGACGAAGCGAGAGGUCGAAAGGUUUCUGGCCGACCGCGAGCGGAACGCCAACUUGUUCCCGGACAUGCUGGCGCUGAUAUUCGCUACGCUGGCGACGGGGUUGCAGAUGGGGCAGUAUGAUCGGAAUGGUGGGCAGUGGACUGGUGAGACUAGGGAUCAUCGGGAGAUCUACAUCACGGCAAGCAUGCAGGCUCUUCGGAACGCAUCGUUCAUGAGCAGACCAACACUUCUCGGGUUGCAGACUCUCAUCAUGAUGGGACCUUAUCUUACGAACAGUGGCCGCUUCCUGGAUGCUUGGACGUUAUUUGGCACUACUAUAAGACUCGCACAUUCGAUCGGUCUACACCGCCAUCCCAGCCUACUGGACCCGACACCAUCGCUACGAGAGAGCCAAGUUAGACAAACACUCUGGUGGUGGAUGCUGCACAUGGACCAACAAUACUCCAUCACUCUCGGCCGACCGCUCGGCAUAUCUGGGAUGGGAGACUGUCCUCAGCCGGAGAUUUCAACCACCAACACGACGAUGCUGAGGCUCAGUCGGUUUAUGGAUGAGUAUACCGUGCUCGCUCGACAAGUGCUGAGCCAGAAUGACAUGACGAAUGUGCGGCGCAUCGAUGAGUUCACUGAUAAGCUGAUUGGACUGUGGGAGACGAUGCCGGAGGCGCUGCAGUUUAAUGAGAGCUGGUUGCAGACUUCGACGCAGCUGCCGGAGUGGCCGUUGGAGACUUUGUCUGCUUCACUCUAUGCCAAGGUGCAAUCGCUUUUGAUCCUCCUCAACCGCCAACGCAUCGACCGACCCCAGCCUGAAGGCUCGUCAGAGACCCAAGGCAUGCACGAACCCAGCACUCGCCGUCUACCAUAUCGCGGCCGCCCACUGGUUGUCAACUCAUCUUUCUCCAUCCUUCAAACCCUAAUGUUCUUCUACCACCGCAACAAAGCCGUUCUGAUCUGCUGGACGAUGGUCCAACAAGCGUUCAACGCCGCCAUGAUCAUCCUCCUCGACGCCUGGGAGUCCGGCAACGAAGAGUACAUGUGGAUCGUCGACCAAGCGUACGGCGUCUUUCAGGAGCUCAACGAGAAUAAUGUGCACAAGCUCACCGAGCUGGCGGUGAGGCGAAUCUGGGCUGCUAUGCAACCGAUCAACAAUCGUCGAAUGGAGCGCGCGAAUAGCAGUAGACGAGUGAGCGACUUCGCGCAACCAGCGCCUGCCAUGUCUCCAGAUACGGCACCGAUACUGGACUUUGGCGGCGACACUGUUAUGGGUUGCACAGGCAUGUUCCUGCUUGAGGACCCGGGACUGCAGUUCAGCGGUGGACCACAAUACCCUACCUUCCGACCCUUUGCUUGGAAUUCUAUGACUGGGGAUAGCAGUGCUCACCCUUCCAACCCUUCCGGACCGCCUUCGCCAGUCGUGCCGUCACCCACCAUACCAGUGAGUCAGAUUAGCGCUGCUCCAUUCCCGGUCAUUUCUAGUGCGCCUAUCACGCCGUUCGCAAUCGGCCUGCAGCCACGCAUGGCGCCAGGACGGCGCAGCACAGCGCCUGCUCCUGCCUAUGGAUGGCCGACUGCUGAGGACGCGAUGUUCCAGGCGGCAUUCGAUCCGCAGCCCAUGCCCAUGCCGCAACCACAAGAACAGCAAUGGAUGCAGCAACUCACCCAUCCUCCUCCGCAACCACAGCAACAGAUGCAAUACCAACCCCAACACUACCUCCAACUCCAACAACCUCAAAUCCCUCCUCGCACGUCUUCUCGCCAACCCCAUCAUCAUCAAAAGACGCAAGGACAAGGACAGAGACAAGGACAACAGUCUUUUUCCCUCCCUCGCGGUCUCCGUCACAGCCACGCCCCGACCCCCGCCAACCAUUCCCAGGCCCUUCACGCUUCGCAGCAGCAGCAGGAAAUGAGCCGGGAGCAGAGCAGGAGCGCAGGCACAGGCGGACGGCCGCGGACGAAUCAGGGGCGGGUGGAGAGGCCGGCACAGGGCAGGAAGACGGGGACGAUGAGGAGGAGUCGGUAG